UCCAACCCCCAUAAAGACACUCUCCCCCUCUUCCGCACACAGAGAAGAAAACAACCUUGAGAAAUAGAACCAAAUCCUUUCCUUAACAUUCACGCCUCCAUUAACUUCCCUUCUCUCUCUCUCUAUCUCUCCACCUUUCACUUCUCAUAAAACCCUCUCUCUGUUUUUCGUUUGUUUUUUUUUUCUUUUCCAUCUCUGCUUUCUAUGCAUUUAAAACAAACGCACUCUACACACACCACCACCACGAUAACCACUGAUUCGCCCUUAUCAUUGACUCUCUUUCUUGGCUUUUCCUCUCUUUCUUUAUAAAGGACUGAGGUUUUACAGAGUGUAAGAACCAAGAAACAGAGGAGCCAAAAGGGUUUCCCAAUCUGGUGUUUCUUUGAUUUCUUUUUUGAAUUUUCAAUAUGGGUUCUUGUUCUUGUAGAGAAGACCAUGACUUGUUGCAACCAAAUUUCUGUGUUUGGGUCCAUGGGCCUAUCAUAGUAGGUGCUGGACCAUCUGGUCUAGCAGCCUCUGCUUGUUUAUCUGAAAAUGGAGUCCCUUCAUUGAUUCUUGAAAAGAGUGAUUGCAUAGCCUCUCUAUGGCAACACAGGACAUACGAUCGCCUCAAACUCCACCUCCCAAAGCACUUCUGUGAACUUCCUCUUCUGGGUUUCCCUACGAAUUUCCCCAAGUACCCCACAAAGCGCCAGUUCAUCUCGUACAUGGAGUCCUAUGCUCUGCACUUCUCAAUCAAACCAAGAUUCAAUCAAUCUGUUGAAAAGGCUGCGUUUGAUCAUUCUAGUGGGUUUUGGAGGGUUCAGACUCAAGAUUGCGAGUACAUUUCAAAGUGGCUUAUUGUAGCUACCGGAGAGAAUGCAGAGCCUGUGAUUCCUGAAAUUCCUGGUAUUGACAACUUCAAAGUCCCUGUUUUGCAUACAAGUAUGUAUAAGUCUGGUUUUGAGUUCAAGAACCAGAAGGUUUUGGUUAUUGGGUGUGGAAAUUCUGGUAUGGAAGUUGGAUUAGACCUCUGUAGAUACAAUGCCAUCCCACACAUGGUUGUUAGAAACACUGUGCAUGUUUUACCGAGAGAGAUGUUUGGAGUUUCGACGUUUGGGGUAGCUAUGUCUCUUUUGAAGUGGCUACCAUUGAAACUAGUUGACAAGUUCCUUCUCUUGAUGUCUAAUUUCAUAUUGGGCAACACAGACGAAUUAGGUCUCCGGCGACCGAAAACAGGCCCGAUUGAGCUCAAAAAUGUCACCGGAAAGACUCCAGUGCUUGAUGUUGGUGCACUCUCACAAAUAAGAUCCGGCAAAAUUAAGGUUGCGGAAGGUGUGAAGGAGAUAACAAGAAAUGGAGCCAAAUUUAUAGAUGGGCAAGAGAUGGAAUUUGAUUCAAUAAUCUUAGCAACUGGUUACAGAAGCAAUGUACCUACUUGGCUCAAGGGUUGUGAUUUUUUCACAAAAGAAGGUCUGCCAAGGACGCCGUUUCCUCACGGUUGGAAAGGAGAGAACGGAGUUUACUCGAUUGGAUUCACGGGAAGGGGAAUUCUGGGAACGGCCUCUUACGCCGUUAAAAUUGCUGAGGAUAUUGCGGAGCAGUGGAGGACAAUUCAGGACUUGAAUAACAAUUGUAAUUCCCAUGUUAUCCUACUUAGAAAACAUGAAUAAAGGAGUCGGAUAACUUUAGAUUAGAUUUGC